AUGAAAAAUAAUAUUAUAAAAAUUAGUUUUGCUAUUUUUUUUUUAAGCUACUAUGUUAGCGAAAUAAAUGGAAAUGUUACAAAUAAAAAUAAAUUUAAUUUAAGAAGCUAUUUUACUAAAAAUGAAGAUUUAAAUAAUGCUUCAGAUAAUGAAAAUGUACAUGGAGAAUCUGAGGAGAAAAUUGUGACUGUUACGAACCAAACAACUUUAAGUGGUACACCAUCUGUUCAAACAUCUGGUGAUACUCCUCAGGCUCGAGGAGUAAAUUCCACUGAUAUAAGCCUUACACAAGGUAACAAUACUGAACAGCCAUGUACAGAAUGUGAAAGCGAAUGCACCGAAAAUUGUACAGACUGUCAUGAUGAAGAUUGUACAGAAUGUCAUGAUGAAGAUUGUACAGACUGCCAUGAUGAAACUUGUACAGACUGCCAUGAUGAAUCGUGUCCAGAUUGCCAAACAGAAUGUACUGAUGCUUGUCGAGAAGAAUGUGCACAAAUGAGAGCUGCUAAUAACCCAAAUUGUGAAGAGUGUAAAAAAAUAUUAAAUCCUAAGAAUCCAGAAACACAUGGUGCUGAACAUGAAAGACAGACUACACCAGAAGUCCAAAUUGUAAUAGAAGAUAUAACAAAUGAUACGAAAAGUAUGCCAGAUGAAGAUGAACCAGUAUGUGAUGAACAAUUGGAUGAAGGUGGUGACAAUGAAGAAGAAGAAGAUAAUGUAGAUAUUGAAGAUGUUGAAAUCAUUGAAAGUACCGAGGAAAUUGAAGAUAGUAAUGAUAGUGAAGAUUUAGAAUUAGAAUUAGAAGGAGAAGAAGUUACAAAUGUUAACACAGAUGGACAAGAAGGAAAUGAAGGCGAAACUGAAGCAACUGUAACAAAUGAAAAUGGAAAUAGUAAUACAAAUACGAAUGAAGUAGCUAAUAAUAAUCAAACUAAUAAUACCAAUAAUGCUAAUAAUAGUCAAACUAAUAAUACCAACAGUACUAAUAAUAAUAACAAUGGUGCUAAUUUACUUAUAAAGGAAUAUAAAGGAAACACCAAUGGUACAACUGAAAAUGAAAAUAUUUUAGACAAUGCUUUAAGUGGUAUUGAUGAUAAUCAAUUUUCUAGUGAUAUACAAGAUUUCUCACAAGAUAUAACUGAAUAUGCCUUAAUGGAAGAUGAUAUUUAA